AUUUUAUGUUGGAUUAUUGUGGACGUGUUCCUCGACGCCUGACGAAAAAAACAUCUGAAAGAUAUGAAGGGAGCUAUCGACAAUGUGAUAUGCCUAAUAAUUCUUUGGAAGAAAUCCCGGAAGAGCUACAUGAAGAUUGGUGGUCUAAAAUGGAGAGUAUAAUCGACUUUGGGGAUAAUUUUAUAGAUCCUACGACUGAUGUAGGAAAAGCCGAUAUUGGCUUCCUUCAGGACAAUGAAUAUACAAAUUGA